AUGUUCCGACCAUUGGGAUCACGAUUGAUUAUUCUUGGUAGGAUUCAGUUGGGAACUUUAGGCACAAGAAGGACUUUUUCCUCAGAAGCACCUGUUGCUGCCCCAGUCAAGAAAACUGUUGAGCGGCAAUUGCCAACUUUGACGGAUACUUUUGGGAGGGAUCACUCGUAUCUGAGGAUCUCUUUGACUGAAAAAUGCAAUCUUCGGUGUCAGUACUGCAUGCCCGAGGAGGGGGUGCAACUGACAAAACGUGGGGAACUUCUGACAAAUGAGGAGAUUUUUAAAUUAGCAGAGUUGUUUGUGCAAGAGGGUGUCCGGAAGAUUAGGCUGACUGGGGGCGAACCAACUGUCCGUAAGGAUAUUGUUGAUAUUGUGGGCACACUCAAAGCAAUUCCCAAGCUCGAGAGUGUUGCAAUCACAACAAAUGCUCUGGUUCUCACGAGAAUUCUCGUGCCCCUACAGAGAGCUGGUCUCGAUGGUCUCAAUAUCAGCUUAGACACCCUGAUUCCCAAGAAAUUCGAGAAAAUCACUCGCCGGAAAGGCUUUGAGAGGGUCAUUGCGGGUAUUGACUUGGCCAUACAGCUGGGAUAUCGUCCCAAAGUCAAUUGUGUGGUCAUGAAGGGGCUCAAUGAAGAGGAAAUUGUGGACUUUGUGGAGUUCACAAGGGAUCGCAAUGUUGAUAUUCGUUUCAUUGAGUACAUGCCAUUUUCUGGGAAUAAAUGGGAAACGGAAAAAAUGAUAUCCUUCAGGGAAAUGAUGUCCCUAAUUAAAGAAAAAUAUCCAGAUUUUCAUGCCCUACCCAAUGGACCAAAUGACACUUCCAAAGCUUUCAAAGUACCUUCCUUUGCUGGCCAAGUGGGCUUUAUAACUUCCAUGACGGAGCACUUCUGUGGCUCCUGCAAUCGUCUGAGAAUAACAGCCGAUGGCAACUUGAAGGUUUGUCUGUUUGGGAAUACAGAAGUCUCCCUGAGAGAUGCUCUCCGGGCAGGAUGUUCAGAAAGUGACUUAGUCGCUCUAAUUUCUGCAGCUGUUAACAGGAAGAAGAAGCAGCAUGCUGAUGCUGCAGUGGACUUUGGUGUCAGGAACGUGUCCUUGGGUCACAUGACACGGGAUCUCUUGGCAGCUAAGGUGAGUUCAGCCUAUGCUGGUGGUAGAAUUAGAUUUAUGUCGACGGGAAGUCUGUCCCAUGUGACUCCCGAGGGAAAGGCAAAGAUGGUGGAUGUCAGUGGGAAGAGUGUGACACAGAGGGAGGCCAGAGCAAGAGCUGUGGUCUGUGUGGGUCCCAAAAUUUCCCAAUUGAUCCGUAGCAAUGAGAUUCGAAAGGGAGAUGUACUGUCAGUGUCCAAGAUUGCAGCUAUUCUAGCAUCCAAGCGCACCUCAGAGAUCAUUCCGCUCUGCCACAAUAUUCCUCUGAGCCUGGUGGAUGUCACCACGAAGCUCAAUACGCAAACGCAUGAGGUAAUUGUGGAGGCUAUUGUGAGAUGCGAUGGGAAAACUGGAGUGGAAAUGGAAGCACUUACAGCUGUUACCGUGGCCUCUCUCACAAUCUAUGACAUGUGCAAGGCUGUUUCUCAUGAUAUUGUCAUCAAGGAUGUGAUGCUAGUGGCCAAAUCUGGCGGAAAAAUGGACUAUUCCAGGAAUUCUACUGAAAAACCGGAUGAAAAGGAAGGAGAUCUCAAAAAGAUCACCCUCAAAUACAAUCGAGAUCCCCUUGAGGACAAGGAUGAACGUUUCUAUCCAACACCCAUCUAGUCACUUUUCUACUUCCGUCAACACUCUUCCCCAUAAGCCUUUUCCCUGGUCUUUCGAAGCUCAUGGACUCUGUGAUGGCACGCUUUUAUUGUCUAUUUCGCCAAGGAAACUCUGUGCAUUCUCAAAGCAGCUUUUUUUAAAUUUUAUUUACAAGCCAAUGCUGCAAGAUUGGGGAUUCAAUUAAAGCUCGAAAAUGUCCAAGUUAAGCCUCCUAAUCUUUCAUUUUUAUCAAUUGAAGUAAUUUUAUGGGACCAAUUAAACUAUCAAAAAGUGAUUAAGAAGACUUGAGUGGCAUUUUGAAAUGCACAAAACGUGAAAAAUUGCCACAGUAAAACGGUAAUUGUUGAAGUGUUCAGAAAAGUGCCAUUAAUACCAUGUGAUUCAAAAGAUUCUGAUAGACAUAAAAAUAAAUUAUUUAAAAAAAUAUUUGGGCGUAGGGAUUUUCUAUUAAAUUUUGCACUUUAUGGUUGUAAAGUUUUUUUUUUAUACGAGAGUCGUGGGAUUUGAACGGGUUUAAUGUGCAAAAAAUGUUUAACAUAAAAUGUUUAUUUACCAAAGAAACAUCAUAAAAUGCUUUCGGAUUAUUUCUGACCUAUUUGGCUGAUUUUUAUAAACAAAAAGCUUAUUGGGAUUAAAAAAAAAGACUUGCAAAUUGAGUCAUGCAAUCCAUGCAAUGUUCUUAUAGAUUUUUAGACACUGUUUGCUAUUUGCUAUGCUUGAGACUGCUUGACUUUAAUUAAACAAGAAUUGUUCUUUAUAAAGAUUUUGUAAGUAGAAAUCCUUUAUUUGAAGUCUCGGUUAAAAAAAUAUUACCCCAAAAGUGGAAAUGGUAAACGGUAUUAAUCUCAAUUUCUUUUCUACAAAAUUUUUUGUGAUAUGUCAAAUUGGAUUCUUCAUUGAAUCACAUUCCUAGAAUUUAAAAAUCUGAUUGGGGAUGAUUAAUAUUAAUCUGAUGUUCAAUUUGGCAAAUUAUAUUACCAAAAUAUUUGAAGAUCUUUUGAAUAAAAGUAAUAAACAUCUGAACAGAGAACUUAGAACUUAUGAUAAUAGAUUGAAUUCAUCGUAUCUCUUAAAUAUAAAAAUUAUUUAAAAUAAAACUAAAAUUAUGAAAAAAGACAUUUUUGAAUUAAAUUCAAAACCAAAUAAAACAAAAAAUCCAAAAAAAGCAGAUACGAACGACAGAAGUCGAUGGAACCUUCAAAAUCUCUUUAUCAGAAAGUCUAUGCUUAUGGAUAUUUUAUAAAGUUUUUAUGAUUUUAAAAAUCAAAUAUCGCUACUGGUGUCGAGUAAACAUUUUACAUAUAUUCUAAAAAGUUGUAAAACCUUUAAUUAUUCUCAAUUUAAGUCAAAUAUUUGGGAUCAAUAUGUUCAAAAUUUUUAGAUUUCCAAAAAUUGUGCUUUAAAAAUGAUAAAACUCGGUUGACAAGAUUUUCGGAAAGUUUGAACAAGGAAAUGUAGUUAUGUAUAGUGCCAAAAUAAUUAUCUGUUGAAGAAAUAUAAAGGUUUUAGGUCUCAUUUUCUAAAAUUGCCAGUUGGAAUUUGCUUUCUUCGAUGAUGCUAAGUCUGUAAGGUCUAACCUCAAAUCGAUCACUCAGAAUAACUGUGUUAUCACACUUGCACAUUAAAAUUUUAAUAGGAUUCACAUUAAUUGUCGCUGAUGAGAGUCCAAAUGUGUAAUUUGUGUAUUUGAAUCAUUUUAUAUUCAAAAUUUGAUCUAUUUGUUGAUAAAAAAGUAGACUUGGCCCGCAAAAUUUGAUAUAAAUUGAUUUAUAGCAUUAAUGCGAAAAAUUAAUGCGAUUUUCUCUUUAAUUUUUUAAAGUGAAAAAUAUUUAUGCUUUAGGUAAAUUUAAACUUAUUUUUGCAGGUCAAGUCCACUUCUUUAUCAAUAAAUAGAAAAACCCCAAAUAUUAAGUGACUCAAAGACACAAAUAACAUAUUUGGAUGCUCACAAGCGACAAUUAAUGUGAAUCACAUUAAAAUUUUAAUGUGCAAGUGUGAUAACGCCGUAAGUUUAGCAGGAUUUUUUUCCAUUUUUCUUUAAAAUACGCUUUAGAAACGCCGAAAGAUAUGUAAAAUAUAUUUAGCGCUAAUUUCUCGGGGUAUUUUCAGCGCCAACGGUUCAUAAUGUUGAUUUUAAAUUUACCGCCUCAAAAAUUGCAUACAUUUAGGGAUUGUUUUUUUUUUAAUUAUUUCACAAAUUAGCUCCUAGUGGUAGGCAAAAAUGCAUAGAUAUAUCGUCUGUUGCGUCUACCUCUGUCGUAUCUGCAUGUCUUUUGUGCCAGCAUUUCACGCAAGAGGGUACGUCUGUAUUGUAGCUUGCACCGAAUGCAGAUACAAAGCAAAUGCAGAUACGACAGAGGUAGACGCAACCGACUAUAUGUUUGCAUAAUCCCAUUUAUGCAUAAUCCCGGGACCCCAUGUAUGUUUUGAGCUAAAUUGAAAUGGAUUAGCAUUUGAUGCUCGAUGGUUAAAGUAAUUCUAAUUCAAGUUAUAUUCAAAAUUGAACGUAUUUACUUUUAUUAUUUUCUAAAAUGAAUAAAUAUUUAUACGGAAUAUACUAUUCAUUAAAUAUUGGAAGAAAAUUCCAUAAUUUUAAUCAAUUGAUUUGUAGUGUCCAACUUUACCCUGAGUGUCCGAAAUUACAAGCUGUCCCAAAUUAUGAACACUUUCCCUAUUCAAUUUACUUUUAAUAGAAAAAUAAAACCCAAUAAAUUUUCUUAAGGAUACACUUCCGUCCUUUAAGAGUUAAUUUCAGCUUGGUUAUACAGUGCCCGCUUCGUAAUCCGGAUGAUUGGGAGACAAUUUGACAGAUGUCCGCUUCGUAAUCCGGAUGGAUUUUUUGAAUUUGUUCAACGUCUUGAAAAUAUAAUACAAGGUUUUUUUCCGAGAAUUAGAAUAAAAGUUUUAAAGAAGUUUAAAAAGACAAAAUUAGAGAAUUCUAUGCUAUUAUACUUCAUGUACUUCAUUUAUUGAACAAAAACUUCACAGGAUAAUUUAUUCUCAUUGCUGAACACACAUGCAUACAUAACCUCAAAAUGAUUUUAAAAGUAACCGUCGAUAACUCGUCCGGAUUACGGCGAUCCGGAUUAGAGAGCGGGCACUGUAUUUGAAUUAACCUCAAAAUCAUGGCGGCUUAUUGAAAAGGGAAAAACAUGUUUUUUUAAGCCUUUAUUUCCUGUUCCGAACAUCCUAAAGCCAAAUAAAACGAUUGAAUCUGUUUAUCCUGUUGAGAUAAUUGAGAAAUUCAAUCAAUUAUCAUGAAACUGAUAAAUUUAACCCAGGAAUUUUAGGUUAUCUGCUACAUCUUUGAGGUUAGACUUGAAAUAACCUGAAAUCCAAAACUUGGCUCAGAAAACAUCCCCUAUUUUACUGGAAAUAAAUCUCUAUGAUUCUGAGAUGAAGUGCAAAAUUUAAAUAGAAGUCUAUCCCUUAUGUUCAACACACAAUAACAUUUGUUUUGUAAACAUGUUUUUGACAUUUCUAUUAGAGUGAGUGAGACCUAGAUCUAGACAUCUUGCUCACUCUCAUAAGAAAUUUUGAAAACAUUUACAUACAAAAGUUAUUGUGCGUUGGGCAUUAGUCAAAGAAAAAUAAUGCAGUUAUUCUUUGAAAAGGCUUUGUUAAUCUCUUUUAUCUAGCUCUAGCCUUCUGUUAACUAUUGUGACUUGAACUUUUAGCCAUCCCUCGUCUUGCAGCAAAGAAAAUGAAGCUCUCAGAGAGCCUAUUUUUGUAAUAUCUCUUUUUUGUAUAUUGUUAUAUUGGAAAAUAAAAAUUUAAUCUAUUUUU